CUCCGGGGGCACCACACUCAGUUUCCAGGAGCACCACGCAGUUUCCAGGAGCAAUCCACCCAGCCCAGGGCACCCUCACCCAACCUCCAGGGGGCACUCACCCAGCCUCCAGGAGCACCACCCAACCUCGGGGCACCACCCAGAAUCCAGGAGCACCACCCAGUCCUCCGGGAGCACCACCGAGCCCAGGGCCACCCAGUCCUCCGAGCACCACUGAGCCUCCGGGAGCACCACCCAGCCUCCAGGGGCACCAUCCAGGCCUCCGGGGCACCACCAACCUCGGGGGCACCACCCAGAAUCCAGGAGCACCACCCAGUCCUCCGGGAGCACCACCCAGUCCUCCGGGAGCACCACCGAGCCCGGGAGCCACCCAGUCCCUCCGGGAGCACCACCGAGCUCCGGGAGCCACCCCACACCAGCCUCCAGGGGCACCAUCCACCUCCGGGGGCACCCUGGGCACCCAGCCUCCCGGGAGCACCCUACCCCAGCCUCCCAGGGGCCACUCUACCCAGCCUCCAGAGCACCACCCAGCCUCCAGUAGCACCACCGAGCCUCCAGGGCCACCACCCAGCCUCCGGGAGCACCACCUAGCCCAGGGCACCAUCCAGCCUGGGAGCACCACCCAGCCUCCAGGAGCCCCACUCCAGCCUCCAGGCCUCCGGGAGCUAAUUCACCCAGCCUCCAGGAGCACCCUCACCCAGCCUCCGGGAGCAUCACCCAGCCCCGAGGAGCAAUCUCAUCCAGCCCAGGAGCACCACCCAGCCUCCAGGAGCACCACACUGAGCCUGGGAGCACCACCCAGCUCCAGGAGCACCACCCAGCCUCCAGGAGCACCACCACACCCGGGAGCACCACCUGAGCUCCGGGAGCACCCUCACCCAGGCCUCCAGGAGCACCACACCCAGCCUCCAGGAGCAAGCACCACCUGUGCCUCCAGGGAGCACCACCCAGGCUUCGGGGAACCACAUCCUCAGGCACCACCCAGCCUCCGGGGCAUCCCAGCCUCCAGCAAAACACCCAGCCACCAGGAGCACCAUCCAGCCUCCGGGGGCUUCACCCAGCCUCCGAGAGCACCAUCCACCCUCCAGGGCGCCGUCACCCUCCUGAAACACCACCCAGCCUCCAGGGCACCACAGCCUCCUGGGAGCACCAUCCAGCCUCCGCCUCCGGGGGCACCAUCAGCCUCAGGAGCUCACAGCCUCCUGGAGCACCAUCCAGAAUCCAGGAAACCACCCAGCCUCCAGGAAACUACCCAGCCUUCGGGAGCACCACCCAGCCUCCGGCACCAUCCAGCCUCCGGGGCACCUUCCAGCCUCAGGCUCCAUCGAGCCUCCGGGGCACCAUCCAGCCUCCUUGGGCACCAUCCAGCCUUCAGGGGCAUCAUCCAGCCUCCGGGGGCACCAUCCAGCCUCCAGGAAACCACACAGCCUCAAGGUGCACCCUCCGGCCUCCGGGGGCACCUCCCAGCUUCCAGGAAACCAGGCAGCCUCUGGGAAACCACACAGCCUCCAAAGAAACCAUCCAGCCUCCAGGGCACCACCCAGCCUCCGGCAGGCACCAUCCAGCCUCCGGGGCACCUUCCAGCCUCCGGAGGCUCCAUCAGCCUCCGGGGCACCAUCCAGCCUCCUUGGGCACCAUCCAGCCUCCGGGGGCAUCAUCCAGCCUCGGGGGCACCAUCCAGCCUCAAGAAACCACACAGCCUCAGCUCUGGGAGCACCACUCAGCCUCCGGGGCACCUCCCAGCCUCCAGGAGCACCAUCCAGCCUCCGGGGGCCAUCCAGCCUCCAGGGGGCACCAUCAAGCCUCAGGAGCUCCACCCAGCCUCCUGGAGCACCAUCCAGAAUCCAGAAACCACCCAGCCUCCAGGGAAACACCCAGCCUUCGGGAGCACCACCAGCCUCCGGCGGGCACCAUCCAGCCUCCUGGGGCACCUUCCAGCCUCCAGAGCUCCAUCGAGCCUCCGGGGCACAUCAGCCUCCUUGGGCACCAUCCAGCCUCGGGGGCAUCAUCCAGCCUCCGGGGCACCAUCCAGCCUCCAGGAAACCACACAGCCUCAGGUGCACCCUCGGCCUCCAGGGCACCUCCCAGCUUCCAAAACCAGGCAGCCUCUAGGGAAACCACACAGCCUCCAAGAAACCAUCAGCCUCCGGGAGCACCACGGCUCCGGCGGCACCAUCCAGCCUCCGGGGGCACCUUCCAGCCUCCGGAGCUUCCAGGAAACCAGGCAGCCUCUAGGGGAAACCACACAGCCUCAGGAAACCAUCCAGCCUCCGGGAGCACCCCCAGCCUCCGGAGCACCCAGCCUCCAGGAGCACUACCCAGCCUCCGGGGGCACAGCCAGCCUCCGGGGCACCAUCCAGCCUCCAUGGGCACUCAGCCCUCCAUGGGCAUCAUCCAGCCUCCAGGGCACCAUCCAGCCUCCAGGAAACCACACAGCCUCAAGCCUCCGGAGGCCCAUCGAGCCUCCGGGGGCACCAUCCAGCCUCCUGGGCACCAUCCAGCCUCCGGGGCAUCAUCCAGCCUCCGGGGCACCAUCCAGCCCAGGGAAACCACACAGCCUCAAGGUGCACCUCCGGGGCACCUCCCAGCUUCCAGGAAACCAGGCAGUCAGAAACCACAGCUCCAGAAACCAUCCAGCCUCCAGGAGCACCCCCAGCCCAGCACCCAGCCUGGGAGCCACCCAGCCUCCGGGGGCACCAUCCAAGCCUCCGGGGCACCAUCCAGCCUCCUGGGCACCAUCCAGCCUCCAGGGCAUCAUCCAGGCCUCCUGGGGCAUCCAGCCUCCAGGGAAACCACACCACACCAAGGUGCACCCUCGGCCCUCCGGGGGCACCUCCCAGCUUCCAGGGAAACCAGGCAGCCUCUAG